UUGAGACGUGCUUAUUUCCCUGACUCAGUUAGGACCUGAAAGCAUUUACAGUUACGGAGUGUAUCUCGGCAGCAAUACUUCGUGUGUGUGUGCAUUUCUGCUAUUCAAACGUAACACCAUUGGGAGACGGGUUGCAAAAAUCUAACGGCCAAAUCUCUCUAAGUCUGACGGCUUGAGCCGAAAGGCAAAACAGGUUCAAACGUUUUUCAAAGAAUUUCAGUAGCUCACUUCGGACUUCUACAGACUGUGCAGGACUCUGGAUUUCUAGCCCAGAGGAACAACAACGACAGACCGAUUCACCAGCACCUUCCUGGCUUGAGAAGUGAAUCCCUUCCAACUUUCUUCAGAGUGUAGUAGGAACGACGGCAGAGCUGAGGUCUGCUGCUCUGUAUCUGUGGGAGAGACCUGUCGAAGGAUUAUAACAUUUCUCCUCGCCGAGAAUGACCCAGCUGCAGUUCAAAGAUGCCUUUUGGUGCAAAGAUUUCACCGUUCACUCGGGCUACGAGGUGCUUCUGCAGCGAUUGCUGGAUGGAAGGAAGAUGUGCAAGGAUGUGGAGGACUUACUCAAGCAGAGGGCACAAGCUGAAGAGCGAUAUGGGAAGGAUCUAGUCCAAAUUGCCCGCAAAGCAGGAGGACAAACAGAAAUCAACACCCUGAAAGCCUCGUUUGACAUCCUGAAACAACAAAUUGAGAAUGUGGGAAAUUCUCAUAUCCAGCUAGCGCUGAUGUUGAAAGAGGAACUGAAGAGUAUCGAGGAGUUCCGAGAAAGACAGAAAGAACAAAGAAAAAAGUAUGAGAUGGCGAUGGAUCGAGUACAAAAGAACAAACUGUCCCUAUACAAGAAGACAAUGGAGUCCAAGAAGUCCUAUGAGCAGAAAUGCAGGGAUGCCGAUGAAGCCGAACUAACCUCUGAGCGGAUCAGUGCUUCGGGCAACCAGAAACAGGUGGAGAAGAGUCAGAACAAAGCGAAGCAAUGCAAGGAAUCGGCCCUCGAAGCAGAGAGGGUUUACAAACUGAACACGGACCUGCUGGAGAAGGUGCGGUGUGAGUGGGAGCAGGAGCACAGAAGCACCUGCGAGGCCUUCCAGCUACAGGAGUCUGAUCGGAUCACCAUCCUCCGUAACUCCCUCUGGGUUCAUUGCAACCAGCUUUCCAUGCAGUGUGUGAAAGAUGACGAGCUCUACGAGGAGGUUCGAGUCAGCUUAGAAGGCUGCAACAUAGACUCGGACAUCGACUUCUUCAUUCGAAGUAAAAUGACGGGAACAGAGCCUCCGGCUCCCAUUCCUUAUGAGAAUUACUAUGAUCGAGAGCCCACUGAAGGCCCCAGCAGCCCCAGCAGCUAUGCCGCUUGUGGGAUGAUGAAGAGGUUUUCGGGAUUGCUGCACGGAAAUUCCAAAAAUGAGAAUGUCACCCCCAUCGCCCCUCCUGCUGAGCGCAACGACGGGGUGUAUGCAGCGAUCGUGGUCAAAGAGUCGAAUGCGGAUGCCACAAGCCAGGACUACAGAGUCAUCUAUGACUACACAGCACAGAACUCCGAAGAGCUGGACAUCAGCGUGGGAGACAUCCUGGCAGUCAUCCUGGAAGGGGAGGAUGGCUGGUGGACGGUAGAGAGGAACGGCCAGCGAGGCUUCGUCCCCGGCUCCUACCUGGAGAAACUCUGAGUGAGGAGGAGGUGGAGGUCUGGCCACCGGAUCUCUCCCCGGGCAGGGUCCGGCACGUCUCCGCCACCUGCUCACGCUGAGUCCUCACCUGAGCUGCUUGUGGCUCGUCCUCCUUAAGUUUCAGCCACCACAAUGUUUACAUUUCCUUGACCAGG